AUGGUGAUUACCAUGCACAUAUCACUCUUGCCGAGUGGUUACCCUGCCGUUCUACCUUUCGUUUUCUUCCUGCUCCUCCCCUCCUGGAGACGAUUCGCGGCGCCUCGGCACUCACGAUGUUUUCCAACAGGCCUCUUUCCAACGACCCCUCUCUCAUUCCCAGUCCUUACCCGUGGUGGCGUCUCUCACUGCAGGCAAACAUCUUAUCUCGGUGAGCGGAAGAACCAACAGGAUCCCAGUCACCGCGGUCCUUUUGGCUCUUGGCCCCCCAUGCAAUAG